CGAAUUAAGCCCUUUCCAGCCACCAUGGCGUUGAUGGUUGGCACGCGAGUGGUCAUGCAGGGCCGAUCCGAGUCUGCAGGGCAGCGAGGGAUCGUUCUGGACAUCGACCGCGACGCGGGGUGCUGCCGAGUGGCCCUGGAUGAGAAUCCCUCAGUUCCAGUGAAAGUGGCCAUCAGGCAUCUUGCUCCUGACCUUGACACUUACGUGGCAACGGCGCGCUACACCCAGGAGAAGGUUGACCUCAGGACGGAUCAGGCAUUGGCUGAGGCCAUUGAAGCCUGUGCACAGGCCACCUCAUCACUGUGCUCCUCCACUGCAAGAGAGGCGAGCAAGACGAUGGGUGGAAGAUAUCAUCAGGACGUGGCUCAGCUCCGAGAGGAGCUCGGAAGGAGGUUGACGAGGUUAGAGCAACGCAUUGAGGCAAUGGACGAAGCGAUGCGUGGAGAGCGGUUCUCGGCCCCAGUGCGACAACUUUCUGACUCGCCAGAGGAGAAAGUCCAGCAGAAGGUGGUGAAAGAGUUGAAAUCACAGUUGGAUCAGCGGCUCACGCACUUGGCCUGUCAGGUGGAGGACGUGGCUCGCAGUCAAAGCGCGCUGCAGGCGGAUCUUCAAUCGCUGGUGUCCAAAGUGCAGCGGCCAAUGGAUGCGGGUGACUACGAGAUGGCUCUUAGGAAAUUGACCAGCAACAUGGAAGAUAUCCGAUCCUUGAUCGCUUCGCCCGUGUCGCCACGCAGAGGCAGCCGGGCCAGUAGUCCAGGGCCGCCCGGCCCAGGAUCUUUCGUGGGUCAAAGCUCCAGGCCGUGGCACGAAGCUUCGCCAAAUGCUGCAGCCUGCGCCAAGUGUGGCAGCGCCUUCGCCGCGGAUGCCAACUUCUGCCGCCGCUGCGGCGCCCCGCGCCCUGGUGGACCCGGACGGCCGGCGGCGCAGGCAACGACGUCUCCAUGCCUUGUGGGCAGCGUGGGCAGCGUCGGCACCGGCCAUGCCUCUCCCGGCAGCUUCAAGUGGCAGAUGAGAUAACGAGAGCUGGAUCAAAGAUAUAUCCAGCCCCCGAGCCGCGACAAACUGUUCACCAAUGGGAAAUCCGCAGUGAUUUGCGGCGGUUUGUC